AUGCGAGUCUCUUGGCGACUUUGCUGCGCUGCGAGUCUCCUGGCAGGCCGGAGCGCGUAUGCGCAGACAUCCACACGAGACGGAGAGGCAACUUCAGUGGCGAAUGUGCCAACCGUGCAGGAUGCAACUGUCGCGGCGCAGCCAUCAGGCGUCACGGUCGAAGGUCUGCCAGACCCUUCUAAGUGCAAUUAUACAGACAACGAUUUGUACUGCUUCCCGACAGCAGGUGCCUUUGUUCGGAUGACGGGCUGGACCCGCUUCUUUUACAACAAAAACUAUGGUCUGUUGAAGAAUGUUGCGCUGGUCGAUGUCACCAUGUACUUUGCAACCAAUGACGCACCUGCAGCGACAUGGAUCGGUGUUGGCAAUACCGGCGAUAUCCCCAUCAAUGUCAAUAUCUCUUGGUUCACAUCGACAUUGGCACCUGUUGCAACACAGCAACCCGGCGUGCGCGGUGUCGCGGACCCAUACUAUUUCUACGUGCGGCCCAAUAGUGCAGUCUACAAUGCACUACCGACUGUAUCCAGUAAAGGUCCGACUUUCUAUGCCGUGCAAACACCGAGAGUGCUUGCAGCCGCUGGGAUUAGCAGAACCACAGGUUCUCAAGAUCCAUCCUCUGCGGCUGCUUCUCAGACGGCAGCACCAACGGCUGGGAACACAGCUACCUCUGGACUCGGCACCAACACCACUCAAAGUAAUGGCGGUUCCAACAACCUCAGCCCCGGUGCCAUAGCCGGUAUCGUGAUUGGCGCCAUUGCACUCGUUGUGGCACUUGGGUUACUCGCCUUCAUCAUUCUCUUGAUCCUGCGUCGUGAACGACACUGGAAGCGUGAAAAAGAAGCACUCCAAGACCAAGCGAGAAAGGACCGUGACGAGAAAGCGAUGGCAUUGGGUAAAUCCAGACCGUAUGGACCAGCUUUGACAGAUGCUGAGUUGGAAGUCGCUGGUCUGACUAUCGCAGCACCAUCGAGGGAUACCACUCCUCAUCCAUUCCGAUUUCCGGGUCAAUAUCCAUACAUUGAGCGUGUUGGAGGCAGCAGACCACGACCACAGCGCAUCAAGUCGAAUCAGGGAGACUACUCAUUCACGAGCGGUGACCGGAGUAUCGACACAAGUGCCGAGUCUUCACCUGCUGCGAUCAUUCAAACGAAUCCCUUCAGUUACGCUCGGACCGGAUCCGAGUCGGAACAUCGCAACUCGCACGCUCCCUUGUCCCCCGGCAAUGCUGGAUACAUCAAUGAGGAGAAACCUCCAGUGACAGCAGACUCUGAAACAACUUGGAUGGCUUCAGAGUAUACGCCGAGCCAAUUGGCGAGAAAACCGAGUAUCAUGUCUGUUUCUGACAAUGUUGCACGAGCAAGCAAGGCAAAGCUUGUCGAUGUCAAGGAUCAUCGUCCACCGCCACUGCCAACAGAAGGCAAUGACGCAGAGUCGCCCUUUGCCGACUCGCAAAUUUCGCCACGCUCACCAGAGUUUCCUGGAAGCUCAUGA